AAUGACCCCACGUCAUCAUGACACAUUGUAGCUUGGAAGGUCUCUCUAAAACCAUGUCAGGCAAGACAUUACUCCUCGCGAUACUUGUAUUCCUGGCAGCAUCGUUUUCGCAAAAUGAUGCAGCGCCGAAGAAAAAGGAGCCAGGAAUGACAUAUAUUGGUCACUUUUCUGGAGGAAACGCUAGAAGCUUUCAAGCGUCUGAUUACUACGUCAGUGACAAUGCGGCGACCUGGACCAUUGCCAACAAUAAUUGCAAAGCAAUAUUCGGAGAUAUCGCUAGUCUUGUAUCGUUGGAGUCAGAAGACGAAAAAAAUUCGCUUAACGCAAUGUUGGAAGACUAUGGCGCAGGUAUAACUUAUUGGACAAGUGGAAUAUAUGACCCGAGUGGGGCCGUAUGGAGAUGGACUUCAAAUAACGCCCCCAUUGGUAACUGGGCCCCUUGGGGAACUGGAUACCCUGGAAGCCCCACUUCCGUAUCGCGUCUCGCAAUUUUGUACCUGAAUCAAUUCAGCGCAAAUUGGGUUUCCAUUUAUAAUACGCAGAAAAAUUCCUUCAUUUGCGAAGUUCAGUCUACUCCUACAACAGCACCUCCACCAACUGUUACAUAUCAGUGUUCCACCGGAGCAACCGUGGUCACUAAUAAUUUGGCGAGAUUAGUUCCUGGGACCGAGUUUCAUCAAUUAUGCCGCUACGUAGUUCCCAAACAAUCUGGAGCUUGCCAGAUACGGUUAGAUUUUUCGAGAUUUCAGAUAGCAGAAGAUACGGAUACACCAGUAACCGGAAGUUGUGAUGCUGACACGUUCACAAUCUCAGGGAACACUAAUGCCCGAUUUGGACCCCUUUGCGGAAAUUUGGACGGGCAACAUAUGUAUUUGGAUUAUGGAACGAGUGAGAACAUUAAUUUGGACAUUUUUAUGGUUGCUUUCAUUGGUCAAACAUGGGACAUUGGGGUGACACAAAUAAAAUGUGAUUCCACUGACAAAGCUCCCAGUGGUUGUCUCCAAUAUUUUACGGAACAGAGAGGAACAGUAAAAUCUUUCAAUUUCAAUCUUGGGCAUCAAUUAAAUAAUCAGGAUUACUCGGUUUGCGUCAAGACAAAUCCAAGCAUGAAAAGGAUUGAGUGGAGGUCGUGUGGGGGCGAUAAAGAUUUCUCAAUUAGCGGAGAAACCGAAACAUCAGGACCUGAUGUGGGUGGUCAGUCUGGCGAUUCUUGUACACGAGAUUGGGUAAUGAUUUAUGGAGACACAAAGUAUUGUGGUACCUGGUUCCCCGGCGUUGUUACGACGAGUACUCAACCUUUCACGAUGAAUGUCCACUUUGACGAGGUUGAGGUGCGAUUUCCCAGUGAUCCCAGUAUUCCUGUAGACUGUACCAUACAAUCCUGUGAUUUGUUUAAUCCAGGAUUUUGUCUUAUUUAUAGUCAAACUCCGAAUUAAAAAUUCUUCACUCGGUCUAGGCUCGUAUUUACUAAAUAAAAUCCAACCUAAAAUACACAUUUAUUUUCAUAGCUGAUUUAUAUGAAUGAACCAAUUUCGGCGGAUUCAUUUAUACUAAUUCUUAACAGAUAAAUUGAGAUCUUGACUAGAAAAAUUUCAUGAUGGUGACAGAGGCCGAACUUCAUGUGUCAUAGGAUAAACUUAAUAUUACAUAAUUAUUAAACUUUUUAUUUUUAUUCUCACUCUUACUACAUUUUAACUAAAAGUGUACAAAUUGCAUACUCUAGACCAUAGAUAGCUCCUAUUACGCUCUAAACUGUAGUAAUCAAACUAUUUAUAUGCGCAAACGUUCUUUCGUCAAGUUAAACCACUUGCAUAAGAACGAUUUCAACCAGAUCAUGAGAUUCUGUUACAUGCAUCCAUGUAUUUACUUACUUUAAGAUGCCACACUCGAAAUACGUUUACUUAGUGCAUUUAAAGUUAAACUUAAAGUUAGGAUCCCAACAACUAGCUCAACUAGUGAAAAAAUCUCAUGAGGUCCAUGAGGAUUCAUGAGAACCCAGCAUUAAAACGUCACAAUCACCAAAGUUCAACGCUUUUAACAGCAUAUAUAAUAUUGAUAGUGACUGAAAAAGUAUCAUACUCAUUGCGGAAAUCCUAAGAAGACGACGCUUUAAGUUUCUUUUAUAAUUUAUUUUUCGUUUUAUUUUACGUUUGAGGAACUAAUUCGAGGUAAAUGGUUGCAAUUACAAGGAUUAUGUAGUUGCAUUGCAUCUCUGCACAUCUACCAAUCUAACAUCAGCUCAACAUUUCCUAUUAGAAUGUAAACCCCUUUCUCUUGAACGUGCAACUCUCCUUUCCAGACUAAAUUUCUCCCCUACUAAUCAUCACGGAACUGAUCUUGUCAAUUUACUGAAAGAAAGCAUUUUAAACAUUGAUCAUUGUAAAGCUAUAUUCUUAUUUUGGACGUCCGUAUCAAAAAUGCUUGACAUGUGUACUGACUAACAUACUUCAAUGUAAAGAUUACGAAAAAUCUACCCUCAACUAUAAUCAUAACCUAAAUACAUACUAUAUAUACAUAUUAUACAAAUUUUGUAAAAUUAUUCUAAUGUUCUGCAAGGGCCGUUGGCCGAAUAUGCAAUAAAUUUGAUUGAUUGAUUGAUGUAGUUGCAUUGCAUACAUAAUUUAUUAAUACAUUUUAUAGUUUUCGAAAUGUCACGACACGGCCGCCGCCGCCACCAUCAUCGCCGAGAUGAAGACUUGCUUGAAAAUUACGGUCGAUCAGCAGCAACUAAUCGUCACCAUGAUCAAGACGAUGAUGACGACGAUAUCGAAAUUUCCAUCGAUCUACGAGACAUCAAAGAACAAAUCCAAAACGAGGUGGAUUACAUUGAAGAGAACAAAGAUCGCCCUGGACGAUCCGAUGGGGAUGCCUUUUACGCAAAUAAGACUUCCGGCUCUCGUGUCUCUGGAUGGGCUGGGCGUCACAAAAAGGGAGAAACGUUGAACCUCGACCUGGCCAAGAUUAACACGGAGGUAGGAAUUUACGAGAGUGGGGUUAGCGCUGGGACGAUGAGUGUGGGUGUGACGAAAGAAAGAGACCAAGUCGGUAUUGAAGCAGGGCUGAAGCUGUCUCUGUCUCGACACGGUUGGGACCAGCAAAAAUCGAAGGAGGAAUGUUGGGAGUGGGCUACGACGUCGGCGUUGGGAGAAACACUGGAGGAUUUGUGAGUUAUCAAAUAUUUCGCAAGAUUUAAAAAGUUCGAAAUUUGGAAACUAAAAAUUGCAUUAUAAAACGUUUGGUUGGAAAACCUUACAAUUUUGUUGGAUUUGUUAUCUCAAUGCGAUAAGCAAAAGAUAAGGUAUGUAUUUUUUUGCAGGUGCGAGGAAAGUUGGCGUCUGUUGGAGUUUCAGCCGGUCCCGUGGGGGUUGAAGCUGGUGUCGGAUUUGAUUGUGGGGGUCGAGUGGGGGUCGAGUGGGGGCGGAUGGGGUUGAGACUAAAUUGCUCGGCUGUGGGGGGAAGAUUGAUCGCAACGACGGGAUCGAAGUGUCCAUGUUUGGGACGAGUAUUAAAUUUAAGCCGUGGUGAAUAACAGACGAUAACAAAUCGAUAUCGAGGUAAAUUCUGAGCAAUAUUAUUCAGUGCCUUUUUAGUACAAUAAUUCAAGAGCUUGUAAUUAGUGGCCUUCAUUAUGUAAUCGAGAUAAUAAAUUUGGUGUAAACUGAGAUUUUUUAAAAUUUUUUCUGACAAUUUCAAAUCAUGCAUGAAGUUUUUGAAGGAAGACAAAUUUGCACAAUUUAUGUAUGCAUGCCGAGCAGCCGUUUUACAGAGAAUUCUUAUUAUGCAACCGACUUCAAUUCCAUAAAAUGAUUGAUUUAUCAGCGUACAUGUAUUUUUAAUCGAGAAGAUUGCGUUGGUUGCUUCUGGUCAUAUACAAUAUUCUCAAAUUAUACUGGUGACAACUCGCAAUUAAUUUUUUGACAAAGAACACUUGAUCACUACAUAUUACAUCCUAUUUAAAAAUAUACGUGAUGCCAAUCUGAAAUUAAUUUGAUGCUUGCCUCGACGUAAUUGUUAAAUACGUAUACGACCAUCCAUGUAAAAAUAAACCAAUGUACUUGAUGACUUUUUUGAAGGGAAAAUCCCCAUCGUAAUCUAUCCGAUUGAAUUUGCGAAGUUUAUCAAUUCCAGUCCAUAUUCCAUAUCACAAAAUUGUCACAUUUAAUCUUGUCUUCAUACUCAAUAUUUUUUGCUAUUUCUGCAAUAUCUGUAACUGCUAAAUAGUAACAUUAGAAUGGAGCUCAACUCUUCACGUUACAUAAUUUCCGAAUCUUCUCAUACAUAAUACGAUUAUGCAAACAAAUAUUUAUAUUUAACACAAUCAACCACCAAAUCAAUCAGUCAAUAAAAUAAUCACAGCUAAAUCGAAAAACACGGUUUUACCACGCAUGGCAAGAAAUGAUCUUCGACUUAUCACACACCCACUUAAACCUUCCUAUAAAUAUAACACGAUUUUGGACUCAAAAAUCUGUAACGUUCCGUCAGCAAGUCUGAAUUAGUCUGAAUUGAAAUCGAACUUUUCGAUUUGCUUUCUCCAAAAUGAAAUCUUUCACACUUGCCGUUUUAAUUUCUACCCUAAUUUUAGGAAGUCUUGCUUUCCCAACAACUGAGGACAAGAAACCACUCGAAAACAGGAGUUAUGUCGUGGCUUGCUCCCAUCUCCCCAACGGAGAUUUGAAGAAUGCCGAAGGGGAAAUUACACCGAUGGACUCGUCCGACCCAUUUAUGGUCAUCAGGAACAAAGUGGGGACACAAAUUUAUCGCAGUGAAACUUUGGACAAUACGCACGACCCUGUUUUCCAAUUCGCCAUAAAUUGGGAUGCCACUGAAAUUUAUAACUUCGAAUUUCGAGACCAUGACGCUUUCGCACCGGAUGACACUCUCGGACAAGUAAAUAUUGGGGCUGAUGGGUUAGAAGGGAUUCAUAAUUUAGGAAACCCUGCUGGAGGAACGAUUCAAAUUAUUAAGUUGGGGGCUUGAAUUUUUGAGGUUGCAAAAUGAAACGUGACAGCAAAAUUAAAUUACACAGCUAAUAGAAAAUCAUGAGAUGUAAUUGCGUGGACUAUUUAACGGCAUCGUAUUACAACAUUUAAUUAAAAUUAAAAUCUUUGCAAAUCCGGGAACAUGACGAAAUAUUUUGUACGUAUUUUUUUUAUUUUUAAGAAAAUACACACAUUCAUCGGUUAUCAGUCAGUUA